GGAGGGAGUGGUUUCUCUGCUGGGAUCCUGGACUCAGAUUGAGUGUGUGGGUUGGAGCAAAUGAGAUCAGAGUCGAUGUGAGUGGAUCGGAGGCGAUACACACACACAACACAACACACACAGGGACAGAGCUUUCCUCAGAGCCUGAACCACAGCAGAGAGCGCACACGGCAUCCACCGAGUGCAUUGCUCCCCAUCCCCUCUGUGUGAACACCGGGACGCACAAUGCGGUGCUAUAGUACUUUAAGGUGACUUGGAUUUUCCAGCUGCAACUUAACGGGACUGCGAAGGAGUUGGAGAGGGAGUUGGAGAAGGAGGAGGAGGAGGAGGGGGAAAAAAAUACCAAAGACUACUUCCAAGAUUUGAAGGACUUUUGUCGUGUCACCGUGUGUGUGUGUGUGUGUGUUUUUAUUUUGCUUUUUUUUAAAACAACAAAAAAAAAGGUGACAUCUCGAUGCGAGAAGCCAUGAUCCUCACACAGAUCGAAGCCAAGGAGGCAUGUGAUUGGCUGCGGGCAGCGGGAUUCCCACAGUACGCCCAGCUAUAUGAAGAUUCGCUGUUUCCCAUCGAUAUUUCUUCAGUGAAGAGAGACCAUGACUUUCUAGAUCGAGAUGCAAUUGAAUCUCUUUGCAGACGAUUAAACACGCUGAAUAAAUGUGCCGUGAUGAAACUAGAAAUCAGCCCACAGAGGAAAAGGAGUGAGGACUCUGAUGAGGACGAGCCUUGUGCUAUAAGUGGCCGGUGGACGUUCCAGCGGGACAGCAAGAGGUGGUCACGGUUAGAGGAACUGGACGUCUUUGCUCCCAAAGAGGUGAGAAGCGACUUCUCUGCUGAAGAAGCCCUGCUGAAGAAUGCACUGAGUCACGAGAGCAUGCUGACGGAUCUGAGUGAACGUCAGGAAGUGGCGUCCAUUCACAGCGCCAGCAGCGUCGGAAGCAAUGGAGCCAACCCGCAGAAGGACACGGAGAGCAAAAGGACCAAUUCCCAGACCAGCGUGAUUUCCUCAGGCAACUCUCUGACCAACGAUGACUCCUUCAGCAACCUCCCUUCUCCAAAGGAGUUGGCCAAUUUUGCUUUCAGCGCCAAAAGUGAAAGGAACCCAAAGUCCAAGGCUAAGAGUUUCUUGAAGAGAAUGGAGAGUUUGCGCAUCAAGACUUCUCACAGCAAAAAGAAGCUUCCUUCCAAAAGCAACCUGGUCAUCAGCGGUCCUGUGCUGCAAGAAGGGAUUGACGAAGACAAGCUGAAACGCCUCAACUGUGUUGAAAUAUCUGCGCUCAAUGGCAACCACAUCAACAUCCCUGCGGUACGGAACAGAAGCAUCUCUUAUUCUACGCAGAUGAGUAGCAGCAGUAGUCAGUCAGAGACAAGCAGUGCAGGCAGCACCCCCAGCCCUGUCAUCAGAACACGUAGCCACAGCGCCAGCAACAAGCGAAGCGGCAUGUACCUGGAAGGCUUCGACCCCUUCAGUCAGUCUACACUGAACGACACCAGGCAGCGGAACCUGAAGAAUGAGAAGAGGGUAGAAGAGGACGUCAUCUUCUACAUCCCUGAGGAUCACAAGCCGGGCACCUUCCCCAAAGCACUUUCUAAUGGCAACUCCUCCCCAGCAGAGAGCGGCUCAGUCAGCUGGGGAAACCGGAGCCUUCCCGGUCACGGCCAUCGGAGCCUGACCAGGGAGAGCAGUGCCGACAGUUCCAAGGAGUUCAGCCUGGGCCGCAGACGAAACUCCUGCAGCUCCUCAGGCAGCCGUCUCAGCAUAUACGAUAACGUGCCAGGCUCCCACCUCUACUCCAGCACUGGUGAUCUGGCCGACCUGGGGGGCGAGGAGGACAUUUUCCCUGAGCUGGAUGACAUCCUGCACCAUGUGAACGGACUGCAGAGGAUUGUGAACCAAUGGUCAGAGAAGCUCUCCGAUGAAGGGGAUUCCGAUUCAGCGAUGGAUUCAGUUUCUCCCUGCCCGUCCUCCCCCAAGCAGAUACACUUAGACAUCGAGAACGGCAGAACCUCACCCAGUGACAUCGACAGCACCGGGACCUCCAUCAAUGAGACCGAGGAGAUGGCAGCGAUCCGAGAAAGAAGAGACUCAGGAGUAGGCGCAUCGCUGACCAGAUCUAACAGACGCCAGAGGUUACGAUGGAACAGUUUCCAGAUUUCGCACAGACCAAGCUUAAAUUCAGCCUCUCUACAGAUCAACAGCCAGUCUGUGGCUCAGAUGAACCUCCUGCAGAAAUUCUCACUGUUGAAGCUUACUGCUCUGAUGGAAAAAUAUUCACCUUCUAACAAGCAUGGAUUCAACUGGGCCGUGCCGAAGUUUAUGAAGAGAAUCAAGGUUCCGGACUAUAAGGACAGGAACGUUUUCGGGGUUCCUCUGCUGAUCAAUGUUCAACGCUCAGGACAUCCACUCCCUCAGAGCAUCCAGCAAGCCAUGCGUUAUCUGCGCAGUCAGUGCCUGGACCAGGUUGGAUUGUUUCGGAAGUCUGGAGUUAAGUCCCGAAUCCAAGCCUUGCGGCAGAUGAAUGAAACGUGUACAGAUGGCGUGAACUACGAAGGGCAGUCUGCGUACGAUGUGGCAGAUAUGGUCAAGCAGUAUUUCAGAGAUCUACCAGAACCUCUGAUGACCAGCAAGCUCUCCGAAACAUUCCUGCAGAUCUACCAAUACGUCCCGAAGGACCAGCGUCUGCAAGCGAUCCAGGCUGGCAUCAUGCUGUUGCCCGAUGAGAACCGAGAGGCUCUGCAGACUCUGCUCUACUUUCUCAGUGACGUGGCAGCCUUGGUGGAAGAAAACCAGAUGACGCCAACAAACUUGGCAGUGUGCCUGGCGCCUUCACUCUUCCACCUCAAUACUCUCAAGAGGGAGAACUCCUCCCCCAGGGUAAUUCAGAGGAAACAAAGCUUGGGCAAACCUGACCAGAAGGACUUGAAUGAAAACUUGGCUGCUACCCAAGGCCUGGCACAUAUGAUCGCUGAAUGCAAGAAGCUUUUCAAGAUUCCUGAGGAGAUGAUGGGCCACUGUCGUAACUCCUACAUGGAGCAGGAUCUGCAGCCAGUCAACUUGGAGGAGCUAGGCCGAACACACGGGGACAAGCGCUCUGAUUACCAGGCCCAUCUCCAGGCCUGUAUUGACGGUCUGCUGAAGGAGGCCAAAGACAAGUUUAAAGGCUGGGUCAACUGCUCAACAUCAGAACCAGCAGAGCUGGCCUACAAAAAGAUAUGUGAUGGGCCUCCUCUGAAACUGUGGAAGGCCUGCGUAGAGGUUCCUGCUUCCCCAGAAGAUGUCCUCCGGCGGGUACUCCGGGACCGUCACCUCUGGGAUGAUGACCUUCUCAGUUCCAAGGUCAUCGAAAGCUUGGACAGUCAAACCGACAUCUACCAUUACGUGCAGAGCUGCAUGGCCCCACACCCCACCAGAGAUUUUGUAGUCAUCAGGGCUUGGAGGAUGAACCUGCCCAAGGGGUGCUGUGUACUGGUGACAAAGUCGGUGGAGCACAAUGGGACGCCGGUGGUUGGAGGCGUCCGAGCCAAUGCUCUCACCUCUCGAUAUCUGAUCGAACCCUGCGGGUCAGCAAAAUCCAAACUCACAUACUUGUGCAGGAUAGACACAAGAGGGCGGAUGCCGGAAUGGUACAACAAAGCUUUUGGACAUUUGUGUGCAGCAGAAGUUGUUAGGAUACGAGACUCUAUAAAUAUUCCCAGCCCCGACAGAAUUGAAAACAAGAAUUAGAAGGUGGAAUUCCAAAAGUUGCUAUUGCAUCAACCCUGAAGCAUCAUGUUUCAAAGACCAGCCGGACAUACUUGUCAGGGACCUGAGGGACAUCUCCACUGCAAGGUUAAAGUCGGAGGUCCGCUCUGUCAGAUCUUGAGAAAGAAUUAUUUUAUUUUUAAAUGGAACGUUUAAUUAUGUCUGUGGCAAUAUAUGUUUUAAAAAGCUGCUUAAUUCAUACACAAAGGCUGUUGUAUAGCCCUUUACUGGAAUACUUGCUUGGGACUAAUGGUCUUUUUGUAAAAAGAAAAGUGCAAAGAUGGAUUGCACCCGCUUGUUAAGGGACCACAAUUGCUUCUAUGAAGCGUCAAGCAUUCUACCUGUCUUGUGUAUGUAAAUGAAUGCCCUGUUGUGAACUGCUUUGGUCCAAGUGAUUUGCUAAUGUUAUAUUUCUUUGUAUCUUAUUGUAUGAACCAUUAUCAUGUUUCCUGUUUGCCGUGUCUUUGAUUGUUUGAGUCGUUGGCUUGGCACUUAUUAGUGCUUCUGGGGGAACUGUGUGUAUGAGAGUAUGAUAUGGUUUUGUGAGGAGCCGAGGUGGGAGAGAUUGGGGGAGGGUUGGUGUCUGGUACACUGCUUGCUCUGAAGGCUCUGGCUUGGCUGUCAAAGUGACGUCCAUGGAUCAGUGAGAGUCUAGUACAGUGAAACCUUUAAUACUUAAGUGAACAAUAUCUGAGACCACUUGAGGGCCUACUUAUUUUAGUUUUUUCAUGAAUCAAUAGUCUGGAUAUUGUUUUUUAGUAGGUAAUGUCAGAUAUUGCCACCAGUAGUAACUUGCCUACUGAAAUAGAGUUCAUCUUCCAUUGUUAGGAAUAUGGAGAAAGUAUCUUACAUGUUUUUUUGAUGUCCCAUCUCUUGUUAGUUAAAGAUAUUGCAGGACUACAGGCAUAAGUGGAGGAGAGAUUAUUCUAUUCAUCAGUCAUUGUUUCUGCCUGAUAAGAAUACUCAAGCAGGCAGUAACCUCCAAACACAAGAGUUAAAUCAAGGUCAAUCUAUCUUUUACAAUAGGCUUGUCAUUCAUUAAUAAUCCACCAACAAUCCACCUACAAACCCCAAAAUAAAAUUAGUCAUUCACUUCAUGGCUGUUUGUGGAACAUUGAUGUUGUGUAAAUUGGCUGCCAGGUUCACCUACAAAUAAACAGUCACUACAUUUCACAGUAAAAUUAUGUGAAGCACUUUGAAAAGUCUCGAUGACGUGAUAAGGCGCUACAUCUCAUACAAGGAUUUUUUUUAUUAUUAACAUAGACGCUUCUGAGCUUUACACUUUUUACGUUUGGGAUGUAUAGCAGUGUGGAGACUAUAGGGCUUUACAGUGCAAUGUGACUGAGCAGCAUCUCUCUAAUCUCAUCAGUACACUGAGGGCCACACACUUCAUUCCAAAGGAAAAGCUCUGUAGAGGAGGUUUCUUUGGUGACACUAUUCUGCAACAUUUCUCGUCCAAUGAACAACUUAUAGAGUAAACCCCCUCCCCCACCGCUAAAAAAAAGCCCCAUGUAACUGACUGUUAGAUUUAAAGUCAGCAUAGAGUAAAAUUACUACUCUUAAACUCGGGUUUAGUAUUGAAGAUUGUUGAUGUAACGGAGCAGGAAGAGCUACAUUUUAUUGAAUAAUUUUAUCAAUUUUCGAAAGGUGAUUGUACAAAAGCCUGGACCUGUAUUUGAGAAAGUUGCAGAAAAUAUUUUUUUGUUGAAGUCUAUUUGCAGUGUUGUGCCGAGGUCAGUUCUUUAUACACUGACACGAGUUGUACUCGAAUAUUUUCCUGGUUAGUCAGAAGCUGCCAUUUGUCGUUCUCUGUACCCUUCUCCAGUGAAGGAUGGCUCAAGUUGGGAACUGCAGUAGCCAUGUCCUAAUAAUCAGUAAUUUGCUGAAAAAAACUGCUUGUGCUGAUGCAGGGUAAACUGAAAGUUAGAACCCGUGUAUUAUUUCCUAUUUUUACCAGUGUGAAUGUAAGGACGGAUAUAGAUGUAUAGAUGUAUAGAUAUAUAUAGAUAUAUAUAAACAGUAUAUUUUUGUGGAUGUGGCAUGUAUCUUGCAUUUUGUCAUUUCAUAUUUCGUUGUGAUUGGUAACAGUGACAUCUGACUUGUUCACCUGCAAAGCUAGGUUUGGUGAAACCAAAUGAGAGGAGAGUUAUAUCACUCUAGUAUUGCAUACUUAAAGCAGUCAAGUCUUAAAUACUCAUGUUGUUUGACUGAAAUUCCCAUCAAAUUAACUUCUACACAUUGCUAUCAAGUAACAUUUAUAACUGAUUGUUAUAAAACCACCUCCCCCCACCCACCCACACACACACAUCCACAGGCACAUUCAUAUGUACACAUCAGUUGAAUACUUUUGACAGAUUAAAAGAUUACCUUUUAGUUUAAUUCCCCCCCACCCGAAUUUGACAAUCAUUAGAUUAGUUAACAAUCAUGGGAAUCUAGCUGCCAAAGUAGUCCUCUCAUUAAGGUGGUCUCUCGUACGGAUUUUCACUGUAAUAUUGGUGUUUGUUUGAGGCUUUCAAUGGGAUGUAGUAAAUUACUGUCACUGGGUGUUCAGAAAUCCUUUUAAUGUGUGGGUACUGGAGUCAUUAAUGAGCAGGAAUUUAAAGAACGAUUUAUCUAAUUUGUUUAAAAUAUGUACCAUUAUCAGUAUUAUGUAAAGAGCUUUUUAGUGAUUUUUUUGGCAAUGAGAACAAUUUUAUAGUAAUUAUCAGCAUUGUCCCUCCAGUUUAAGACGCAAGCUUAUCUUUCUGCAUGUGUGUAUUUGUUACAAUUCCAUUGGUAUGUAUUCAAUUUGACAUUGUUAUAUAUACCAUUGUACUGUAAUAGUGUCUACAUGUUUAGCUGCACACUGCCAAAUAGGGAUAAUGCUUGUCAUUAUUAAUUAUUUAAAUAUUCAUGUAUUUAUACCUCAAAUAUACUUUUUUGUACUUCGAGUUUUUCUUUUUAAUUGUAAAUACUUUACUCAAAAAGCUAAGGUAUAAAGAACCAAGAAAGUGUUUAUAUCUUUGUAUGUCUGUACAGUUAUAACCAUCAAGUGCACUAUUAAAUGUGUUAAUGAAAAUAA